AAUACACACCAAGAGAAACGAAAAAACAAUAUACAGUUGUAUCCCAUCUAAUGAACUGACCUUUGGCCACGACAAUAGGUCAGAAAACCACCAAUACACAAAAACAUAUACACACACUAAACUACGACGCCAUCACUUCACAGUCCGACCAGAGAGAGAAAAGAAAAAAAGAAUCAGAAACAAAACAAAAACAUCAUAAGCACAGGUCGAAAAACCAACUCCAAGAAUUAAAAUCGAAGGGAGGCGCGUCACGGGUGGUUCAUAACGUCCCCCUUUUUAUCUCCAAAUCCACAAUUUUCCUUUUCCACACAUUCCACACGCCCUUCACAAGAAGCCCACAACCAUUUGAUCUCUUCUAUAUCUCAAAAAAUACUAUCUAUACCCUGCAAAAGCACAGCACACUGCACACGCACUGGUACACUUGCGUCUGUUUUGUAAAUAUCAGCUGGGUUUUGUGUGUACGCGCGUGUUUGUAGAUAAUUAGCCUUUCAGGUGUGUGGGUUGGUGAGCUUGUGCUGAGUUUUUUCAUGUAAGGAUGUCUCUACACUCAGCGGGUCAAGUCGUGCAGUCGGUGAAGCUUUUCGCUGGGAACAGUAUUCCUGAUUACUGUAAAAAAGACUUCAUCUUUGUUGAUUUUGUUGGGUUGUGCGGUGCGAGGAAAUCCAAGAGAAAUGGGACUCGCCGGAGAUUGAGCGGCGGCUUAAAGAGCAGCAGCUCUCAGAGGGAUCAGUUUAUUGGUCUAGCGGCGUCGAAGAAAAACUGGGCUUCAUCCAUUAAGUCUGUUCUUGAUCUUGAACGCGUUAACGGUGGCUCUCGGCAACAGUCCUCUGAUCUGAAACCAAAGGCCGCAAAUUUGGAAGAUAUAUUAUCUGAAAGAGGCGCAUGUGGAGUUGGGUUUAUUGCGAAUUUGGACAACAAAUCAUCACAUGGAAUUGUUAAGGAUGCUCUCACAGCCCUUGGCUGCAUGGAGCAUCGAGGAGGAUGUGGAGCAGAUAAUGAUUCUGGUGAUGGGUCUGGAGUUAUGACUUCAAUUCCGUGGGAACUUUUCAACAGUUGGGCCAACGAGCAAGGGAUGAGUGCAUUUGAUCCGCUGCACACUGGUGUUGGUAUGGUUUUCCUUCCAAAGGACGCUAAACUAAUGGAACAGGCCCAGACAGCUAUUCUGAACAUAUUUAAACAAGAGGGUCUUGAAGUGCUUGGCUGGAGGCCUGUACCAGUAAAUACUUCCGUGGUUGGUUAUUAUGCAAUGGAGACUCUACCAAAUAUACAACAGAUAUUCGUUCAAAUUUCUAAAGAAGAAAAUAUUGAUGACAUUGAAAGAGAGCUUUACAUUUGUCGAAAGCUUAUUGAAAGGGCAGUAAGCUCAGAGCCAUGGGGAAAUGAGGUUUACUUUUGCUCGCUGUCCAAUCAAACUAUUGUCUACAAGGGAAUGCUGAGAGCGGCAGUUCUUGGUCAGUUCUAUUUUGACCUACAAAACAGUCUGUAUGAGUCUGCUUUUGCUAUAUAUCACCGAAGAUACAGUACAAAUACUAGUCCUAGAUGGCCUCUAGCUCAGCCAAUGAGAUUUCUUGGUCAUAAUGGAGAGAUCAAUACCAUACAGGGGAACUUGAACUGGAUGCAGUCCCGAGAGGCUUCACUCAAAUCCUCUGUUUGGCGUGGUCGCGAAAAUGAAAUUCGCCCAUUUGGAAACCCAAAAGCAUCCGACUCUGCGAAUCUUGAUAUGGCUGCUGAGUUGUUAAUUAGAUGUGGGCGUCCUCCUGAGGAAGCCCUGAUGCUCCUUGUCCCUGAGGCAUAUAAAAAUCAUCCAACACUUGGCAUCAAGUACCCAGAGGUUGUUGAUUUUUACAAUUACUACAAGGGUCAAAUGGAGGCCUGGGAUGGGCCUGCCUUACUCUUGUUCAGUGAUGGGAAAACUGUUGGAGCUUGUCUUGACCGUAAUGGGCUUCGCCCUGCUAGAUAUUGGCGGACUGUAGACAAUGUAGUAUAUGUUGCAUCCGAGGUCGGGGUUGUACCAACAGAUGACUCAAAAGUUGUAAUGAAAGGACGAUUAGGUCCGGGAAUGAUGAUUACAGUCGACCUACAUAGUGGACAGGUGUUCGAGAAUACUGAGGUUAAAAAGCGAGUUGCUCUAUCUAAUCCCUACGGAAAAUGGGUGAAUGAAAAUCUCCGAUCUUUAAAGGCUGCAAACUUUCUGUCAGUAACCGAGAUGGACAAUGAAACAAUAUUACAGCGCCAACAGGCAUAUGGAUAUUCUAGUGAAGAUGUUCAAAUGGUGAUUGAGGCAAUGGCUUCUCAAGCAAAGGAGCCUACUUUUUGCAUGGGGGAUGAUAUUCCUUUGGCAGUGUUAUCUAGAAAACCCCAUAUCCUAUUUGAUUAUUUCAAGCAACGAUUUGCCCAGGUUACAAAUCCUGCCAUCGAUCCUCUUAGAGAAGGUUUGGUCAUGUCACUUGAAGUUAACCUCGGGAAGAGAGGCAACAUACUAGAAGUUGGUCCCGAAAAUGCCUCUCAGGUAAUAUUGUCAAACCCCGUGCUGAAUGAAGGAGACCUCGAGUCGUUAUUGAAAGACCCGUACUUAAAACCCCAAGUUUUGCCAACAUUCUUUGACAUAAGGAAAGGAGUUGAAAGUUCACUGGAGAAAACACUUUACAAGCUUUGUGAAGCUGCCGAUGAAGCUGUUAGAAAUGGUUCCCAGCUUCUUGUUCUCUCGGACAGGUCUGAUGAGCUGGAGGCAACACGGCCAGCCAUUCCAAUACUUCUAGCUGUGGGUGCUGUUCAUCAGCACCUAAUUCAGAAUGGCCUGCGUAUGCAAGCUUCCAUUGUUGCUGAUACAGCUCAGUGCUUUAGUACACACCACUUUGCUUGCUUGAUUGGAUACGGGGCAAGUGCUAUAUGCCCAUACUUGGCAUUAGAGACAUGUCGUCAGUGGCGGUUAAGCAAUAAAACUGUAAACCUUAUGCGGAAUGGAAAAAUGCCCACUGUUACUAUUGAACAGGCUCAAAAGAAUUUUUGCAAGGCAGUUAGGUCUGGCUUAAUGAAAAUUCUCUCGAAAAUGGGCAUCUCAUUGCUCUCCAGUUAUUGUGGGGCACAAAUAUUUGAAAUUUAUGGACUCGGAAAAGACAUAGUUGACAUUGCUUUUUGUGGGAGUGUGUCGAGCAUUGAUGGAUUAACCUUGGAUGAGUUAGCAAGGGAAACUUUAUCAUUUUGGAUUAAGGCUUUCUCCGAAGAUACCGCAAAAAGACUUGAAAACUUUGGGUUCAUACAAUUUAGGCCUGGAGGUGAAUAUCAUGGAAACAAUCCCGAGAUGUCAAAACUGCUCCACAAAGCUGUGAGGGAAAAGAGUGAAACCGCAUAUUCAAUUUACCAGCAGCAUUUGGCCAACCGACCUGUAAAUGUUCUCAGGGAUCUUCUUGAGUUUAGAAGUGACCGCUCGCCUAUCCCAGUCGGAAGAGUCGAGCCUGCUUCCUCAAUUGUCGAGCGAUUUUGUACAGGUGGCAUGUCGCUUGGUGCUAUUUCUAGAGAAACUCAUGAAGCAAUUGCCAUAGCAAUGAAUAGAUUAGGCGGAAAAUCAAAUUCAGGAGAAGGGGGCGAGGAUCCAAUUCGGUGGAGCCCACUUACAGAUGUUGUCGAUGGGUAUUCUCCUACACUGCCACACCUUAAAGGUCUUCAAAACGGUGAUACUGCUACAAGUGCAAUAAAACAGGUAGCUUCGGGACGUUUUGGUGUGACCCCAACAUUCUUGGCUAAUGCCGAUCAACUAGAAAUCAAAAUCGCGCAAGGUGCAAAACCGGGCGAAGGUGGUCAACUUCCCGGGAAGAAAGUCAGCGCUUAUAUCGCGAGGUUGAGGAACUCGAAGCCCGGUGUGAAUCCAAGGGCUAAAGUGUCGGUAAAGCUAGUUGCAGAAGCUGGGAUUGGUACCGUGGCCUCUGGAGUUGCAAAGGGCAAUGCAGAUAUUAUACAGAUAUCUGGACAUGAUGGGGGCACUGGGGCUAGCCCCGUGAGUUCGAUCAAACAUGCUGGUGGCCCUUGGGAACUUGGGCUUACAGAAACACAUCAGACACUCCUUCAAAAUGGGCUUCGAGAAAGGGUCAUCCUCAGAGUUGAUGGAGGCUUCAAAAGUGGAUUUGACGUUCUAAUGGCAGCAGCAAUGGGUGCCGAUGAAUAUGGCUUUGGUUCGGUUGCUAUGAUUGCCACUGGCUGUGUCAUGGCUCGUAUUUGCCACACGAAUAAUUGUCCUGUUGGUGUUGCUAGUCAGAGAGAAGAGCUAAGAGCGCGUUUUCCUGGUGUGCCUGGUGACCUUGUCAAUUACUUCUUGUAUGUUGCAGAAGAGGUAAGAGGCAUGCUGGCCCAAUUAGGCUACGAGAAGCUUGAUGAUGUCAUCGGCCACACUGAGCUACUAAAACGUCGAGAUAUCUCAUUGGUCAAGACUCAGCAUCUUGAUCUUGGUUAUAUUCUUUCGAGUUCGGGGUUACCAAAAUGGAGCAGCACCAUGAUAAGGAAACAAGAGGUUCAUAGCAAUGGUCCGGUUCUUGAUGAUACAUUGCUAGCCGACCCAGAGAUAGCCAAGGCUAUUGACAAUGAGACUGACGUGAAUAAAUCCGUGAAAAUAUACAAUGUGGAUAGGGCAGUUUGUGGGCGUAUUGGUGGCGUAAUUGCUAAAAGAUAUGGUGACACUGGGUUUGCUGGACAGCUGAAUAUAACAUUCAAUGGAAGUGCUGGCCAAUCAUUUGCGUGUUUUCUGACACCUGGCAUGAACAUCCGCUUAGUUGGCGAAGCGAAUGACUAUGUAGGCAAGGUGAACAAGGAAAUAGUCAAGAUUCAGAGAGUCGUUGCCCCAGUCGGCCAAAUGCAGCUUAAGAGCCUCAUCGAAGCCCAUGUUGAUAAAACGGGUAGCGACAAAGGCUCGGAAAUUCUUAAAGAUUGGGACAAAUAUUUGCCGCUCUUUUGGCAACUCGUCCCACCUAGUGAGGAAGACACACCAGAAGCGUGUGCCGACUAUCAACAGACAUCUGCUGGCCAAGUGACUUUUCAAUCAGCAUAA